UUCUCUUUGCUCCUAACUUGGCAACCUGAAUGAAGAUUCUCCCUCACUCAGACAUCAACAACUUCUGUGUUCCUUGUUGUAUAUACUUUAUUUACUUUCACAUUUUUUACUUUCCCUGGCGUUUUAUACCUUGGAUUACUAUUUGUUUAAGUUGGAACUUAGAAUUUUCAAUCAUGGGAAGGUCGACAAGGUACGCUAUAAAAGAAAGAAACCUUCCAAUUCACCAGGUUAGAGAUGCAGUUGCUAUUUUGAAUGCUCAAGAGUUGAUUACAAAGAAGAACAAGCUUCUAAGCCGACAGAAGAAAUUGAAAGCAUGUGACCUCUCUUCCCUCACAGAGUUCCUCCCUGCGUUGAAGCCUCCCCGGCAAUCAAAACCUGUUGCUGAGUUUAAAUUGAAUUCUAAAACAAGGCAAAAACUAAUAUUGAAGGAAGGGAAACGGUUGAGUAUGGUUCUUAACCAUCAGGCUUUCCAGGCAGAUGCCCUGGGAUCCAUUCAUCAACACUGCUGAGCACACAACCUGUUGCGGAGAAGCCGAAGAAAAAAUAAACAAAAAAGGAGGGAAGAAAGUCAAGGGGAAAAAUUGAAAGCAUCAACUGCACCUCAGUCUAUGGAUUUCUGAUGAGCCAUAAUGUCCAUAUCGUACCCUAAGAAUUCAGUCACUCAAAAUCUUGAUUAUUACUUCCCUUGCACGUUUAAUCGUGUUGAAAAAUGUAAUCAAGCGGGCAGUCCUAUAGGAUGCUCUAUCUUUGGAGUGGUGUUAUUGAACCUCUUUUUCUGGGCACAUUUUACAUGACAACAUAUGGAGUCAUAUCCUUUUGUUGUA